AAUCUCGCACACUUCCUGCACGCAAGAGGGUUGUGGGUUAGCAGCUGGCCUUAAUACCUGCAGUUACUUUCCCCAAUUCGCUUAGCUAGCUACCUACAAUCCUGACGAUUUAAUUUGGAGUAACCAGUUGCACUAACCAACAUGAAUACAGUGUUAUCGAGGGCAAAUUCCCUCUUUGCCUUUUCGCUUAGUGUAAUGGCAGCGCUUACUUUCGGCUGCUUUAUUACGACGGCUUUCAAAGAUAGAAGCGUUCCGGUGGAGAUAAACGUAUCCAGAGUGAUGCUGAAAAACGUGGAUGACUUCACCGGGCCCAGAGAACGAAGUGAUCUGGGAUUCCUCACUUUCGAUAUUUCAGCUGAUCUGCAGCCAAUAUUUGACUGGAACGUCAAACAGCUCUUCCUCUAUCUGUCAGCAGAGUACACCACCAAAAGCAAUGUUCUGAACCAGGUGGUUCUCUGGGAUAAGAUUGUGUUGAGAGGGGAAAAAACAAAGAUCUCUUUGAAGGACAUGAAAUCCAAAUAUUUCUUCUUUGAUGAUGGCAACGGCCUUCGGGCCAAUAAAAACAUCACUCUGACGCUGUCGUGGAAUGUGGUGCCAAACGCUGGAAUCCUGCCCCUGGUCACAGGCGUCGGACACAAAUCUCUGCCCUUCCCGGAUGUGUACGAGACUACACAGAGCUACUGAACUGCCUGAUCUUGUUUGAAAAACCAUGUGAUUUCUUUCAUGACUUUUAAUAAAGGUUUACACCACGGAGCCCCAGGGUUGAGCUGUGUUUACAUGCAAAUAUUACAUCAGCAUUUUGCCUCAUUGAUGGAAACUGGAACAGGCCAGGUUGCCUGGGGUUGUCAGAACAGCUUAGCUUUAAAGAUAUGAUAUGCUGUCUAAUGGUGGUGAUGCUGUUUGAUUUCAUUGUGAGGUAAGAUGUACCUGGGACACAUCUGUAACUGCAGCUCAUUCACAGUGUUCUGUGGUGUCUUGACCUCUGUCAUCACUUUGGGUCAAAGGUCUUCAGCAGGACACAGCAGCAGAUUGUAAUUCUUACCAAUACAUUCAGAAGGGGAAUCUGCUCUUAAGAGUCUGCAUGUGAAUUCAAAAAAAAUAUUGGCCACAAAUG